AUAGUUCAUAUGAAUGAAUAGAUGCUAAAGCAUACAUAUACCAAUGUAUAAAGUAGUAUGGAGACAAUUAUCCGAGUUAAUCUGUAUGAUCGAGAUUGAAACCAAUGGACAAGCUAAAAUUUUAUCAUGGGAUAAUAAUAGUAAUCAUUCAAAUCAGUCAGAUGAAAUACAAUUUCGCGUGAAAAUCUCUCCUAAUGAAGGAUUAUACGCUCAUGCUGAAUAUGAAUUUGAGAUCAUAAUUCGUUUGGAACAUUAUGGAGAAACUCCAGUUGUUCGUUGUAUGAGUCAUAUAUAUCAUCCAAAUAUUGAAGAUUAUGAUAUUGGUGGAGCUGUUUGCCUUAAUUUACUUCAAAAUUGGAAUAUUGGAAUGGGCCUUAAAGCUAUCAUUAAUGGUUUACUGUUUCUAUUCUAUGAACCUAAUGAACAAGAUCCAAUUAAUGAGCACUUUAUUAUUCCAUCUGGAUCUAGUUUUCAACAAGCAGUUAUCGAAUCUUUACAAGGAGGCAGUUAUUCACAUUAUUCAGGACUACCAAAUAAAGCUUGGUGUAUUUGGUAUAAUAAAAAUAAGACAAUGGAACAAAAGGAUUCAAAUGAAAUUAUUGAGAAAAAUAAUAAACCAGAAAAACAUUUAAAAUAUAACUAUAGUAAAUAUCUUGGAUGUAAUGUAAAUGAUGAAGUUAUUGAUCAGCAUCUACAUGAAGAAACUGAUGAACAAUAUGACUGUGAAUAUCCCAGUGAUCAAAAUAAUAGUCCAUCGAUCUCAUCAGAGAAACAAAAUAUAGAACUAAACGGUCACUACAAUGAAAUAGACCCAGUCAUGUCAUCUCCAUUUAUCUUUUCCAAUUUAUCAUCAGUAUCGACAUUACAGGAAGAAAGUCAAACAGUACAAUCAUACUUAAAUACAAACGAAGAGUUAAGGACAAUGAAAAAGAUCGAAAACAACAAUUUAAAUGUUCUUAACUACGUUCAUCAUUCGUCUACAAUAAAUUUGAAAGAAAUUACAAUCAUAUGGACAAAUAUAAAUAAACCAAUGAACGUAACUUAUUAUUUUAUGGAAACAUGUAAUUAUGCAUGGAAUAGUCACUGUGAACAGAAAUACUAUGGUCAUUUAAAUAUUGGAUUACCUGACAUUUUUAUUACACAUUUAAACCAAAAAUCUAUUUCACAACAAGUCAGUUUUAUGAAUAAAUAUUCGAUAAAAACACAAAAUAACUUCAACGAAGAAUUUGGACAUUUCAAUAACUGUAAUGAUCAACUAUUUCACUAA